GUUUUUGUUAAUGGUCGCCACGACCACUCGUCAAUGAACCAUUUCCCACUUAUUUUAUGUUGCGGACAUGAAUCCCAUCUCUCUCACACGGUCAAGUCGGCGGCUCUUUUGUAACAUCUCGUCUUCCUCCGCUCUCCGCUGUUUCUGGCGGUGAAAAGGGGCACCCAAACCCUAGCCGGAUGAGCAGAGGAAUGGCGUUAGCUAACGAGAAUCCCGAGGCGUCCGGUGGCGGCAACGUCUGGAACCUCUGCCGGAUGCCCUUCUGGCAGGCCGGCGGCAGCGGCUCCUCCUCGUCAUCUGCCGCUGCGGGGGUGAGUCACCACCACGUCAUCCACGGACAUGCACCUCGAUCGGCGGAGGGAUCCGACACGCAGUACUCCGGUGCCUCCGGCUCCGUCUCGUCGGUGGCCAAGUCGCUGCUGCUCACCCGGCGCCGCCUUCGUCUUGAUCCCGCCAGCAAGCUCUACUUCCCUUAUGAACCUGGAAAGCAAGUCAGGAGUGCGAUCAAGAUUAAGAAUACAAGCAAGUCACCUGUAGCAUUUAAGUUUCAAACUACCUCCCCAAAAAGCUGUUUCAUGCGCCCUCCUGGAGCAAUACUUUCUCCUGGGGAACAUAUUAUAGCAACUGUUUUCAAGUUUGUGGAGCACCCAGAGAACAAUGAAAAAGUUCUAGAUCAAAAAAACAAGGUCAAGUUUAAGAUUGUAAGUUUGAAGGUCAAAGGACCAAUGGAGUAUGUACCUGAACUGUUUGAUGAGCAGAAAGACCAGGUUGCUGUGGAGCAAAUUUUGAGCGUAGUAUUCUUGAAUGUCGAGCGUCCUUCUCCGCGAUUGGAUAAAUUGAAGCGCCAACUAGCCGAGGCUGAUGCAGCAGUUGAGGCACACAAGAAACCUCCCGAAGAAACUGGGCCGAGGAUACUCGGUGAAGGGCUAGUCAUAGAUGAGUGGAAAGAACGCAGAGAAAGAUAUCUGGCUCAGCAUCAGGUCGAAUUCGUUGACUCCGUAUGAACUGCGAUGAGAUUUCUUUCAUGACAAUUGAAUGAACGAAUCAUAUAUUGCUGAGAAAAUAUCUAUGUUUGUCCAGUCUAAAGACUUUCCAGCCUCCUUACUUGGUCAGCAACCUUUGGUAAUUGUAAUACUUAAAUAAAAUUAUGCUCUGUUUGUAGA